AUGGGCAACAACCCCUCCUCCGCGUCCAAGCCCGCCACCCCCGUCUCUUCCAACCCAGCAUCCGCCCACGACUCACCCAAGAACCCCAAGAGGGAUUCGAAGCACAUCAUCCCCCACCGCACAACCGAACGGGUCGCCGCGCCCCCCGAGGCCUCUCUCCACCAGGCCCAGGGGUCCACCAUCAGCAAGGCCUCGAGACCCCUCCAGUACAACCCCAUCGCCGGCAUCGCCAGCGCCUCGCCCUCCUCCAGCCCCAAGAGCAACAACUCGGCCGCGCCGCCACGGCCGUCCGACGCCAAGACGAUCCCCCGCGAUGAGCCCACCAAGCCGCUAGACGUCCCGACAGCCCACACCGAGCCGUCGUCCCUGCGCUCCCACAUCUCCGCCCACGUCGACGGUGCCGGCCUCGUGUCCCAGAGCAGCGUCAACGACAUGUCCUAUCUCACGCGGCCCCCGCGCCUGCCGCUCCCCAUUGAGGAGGAGGUCCAUACGCCCGGCUCCCCCAUCAUCGCGCCGGCCGAUGGCGACACCCCCAUCGUCGACCCCGGCUCGCUCGAUUCCGACCCCAUGACCCGCAAGUCCUCGGCCCUCAGCAGCAACACGGUCGACGACGACGACGGCGAGGAGCUCAUGGUCGACAAGACCCGCCCUACCGUGCCUACCCAGCUGCUCUGGACUCGUGGAGGAGAGAAAGUCUACGUCACCGGCACCAUUUUCCAGUGGAACCGCAAGCAACGGCUGCAUCCCGUCGAAGGCAAACCCGGCGUCUUCUCCGGCACGGUCCACAUUCUCCCCGGCACCCACCAUGUGCGUUUCUUGGUCGACGGCAUCAUGCAGACGUCGCCGGAUCUGCCGACAACCGUCGACUUUGGCAACAACCUCGUCAACUACAUCGAGGUCAGCGCCGAUGACCUGCCCUCGCAAAAGAAGGCAGGCCAGGGCGCGUCAGCCGCGGCCGGGGCCGGUGCCGCCGACGGCCAGGCGGCGGUGAAGCCAUCGGCCUCGCAGACGGACGACUCGGCCAAGCCGCUGCCGCGGGGCAAAUCCGUGCCGUCUGCCAGCCAAUACUUCCACCAGAUCCCCAAGUACCUCGUCGACUUUGACCAGGCCGAGGACUCGCCCUCGUACCAGUACGCCGUGACGGCCAUCGAGAAGCUGCCGACGCCGCCCAGCCUUCCGGGCUUCCUGGGCAAGCCCAUCCUCAACGCCGCCGUCCUCAUGAAGGACGACAACAGUGUGCUCAACAUGCCGAAUCACACGGUCCUCAACCAUCUCGCCACGAGCAGCAUCAAGAACAACAUCUUGGCUGUGUCAGCGACGACUCGCUACAAGAGCAAGUAUGUCACGACCAUCGUGUACAAGCCGACCUCGACGGACGACUAG